AUUCUUAUCUAUUUUAUCGGCAAAUCGGCGUGUAUUUUUGAUUUAUAACAAAUACCGUGUACUUACUAGCGAUAGUGACAACUGGCGUAUCAUGUUGUGAUUAGUUUGAGAAGGAACAACAAUGGAUACAGUGUCUGCAGUAAGUGUGCAUCCGCUGACAAGCGACCCAACAGCCGCCUGGAAUGAGAUCAGCAAAUCACAGCGUGUCAUAAAAGUUGUGAUGAAGCCACCAACAACAACAGUGGCACCCAAUAAGGCGCGAGUUGUCUGCAUGUCGGACACGCAUUCAUUGACACCUUACAUUAAGUUUGAUAUACCCGAUGGCGAUAUAUUCAUACAUGCCGGCGACUUUACCAAAUGCGGCCAAUUGCAGGAGGUGAUUGAGUUCAACAAUUGGAUUGGUGCACUGCCUCACAGGCACAAAAUUGUGAUUGCCGGCAAUCACGAGCUCAGCUUCGAUCGCACCUUCACGCAUCCCUUUCAGAACAAGCAGACGGGCAAACAAUCACAUGGCGAACGCUCCAAGCACUCAGGCAUGUCCAUACUGGACGACCUGCCCACGCUGGGGAAUGACAAGGAGAGCAUGGAGAGCGCGGUGCAAACGCCCAACAUCAGAGAUGCCUUAACCAACUGCACUUAUCUGGAGGAUGAGCUGCUGGAACUGUGGGGAGUUCGCAUCUAUGGUUCCCCCUGGCAGCCCGAGUUCUGCAGAUGGGCCUUUAAUGUGCCGCGUGGCACUGCCUGCCUGGAUAAAUGGAAUCAGAUACCAGUGGGCGUGGAUAUACUGGUCACACACACGCCACCUGUCGGUCAUGGUGAUCUCUGUUGCUCUGGCGUUCGUGCCGGAUGUGUCGAGUUGUUGACCACUGUGCAGCAGCGGGUGAGACCCAAAUACCAUGUAUUUGGACAUGUACACGAGGGAUAUGGCAUCACCAGCGAUGGCAGGAUCAUCUAUGUGAAUGCCUCCACCUGUGACAUCAAUUAUUUACCCAACAAUGCACCCAUUGUGUUCGAUGUGACGCUGCCUCCGGGUAUUAGCAAGGAUUAAUCUGAAAUACCCCUUAAAUUUAAUAGUAAACUUAAGUUUGCCAUUUGAAAAUCAGGAAUUUAAAACCCCUUUCCACUUGAAGUGUUCAGAAUGUCACAAAAAUUUUAAUUUAUCUAGCAUUAUUUUGUUUAGGUCAUAAAUUUACAUAUUUUUAUAGUGGAAAGAGGCUUUUACUUAAUGACGUUUUGCCCACAACAACUGUAAUUUUAGCUUACUUAAUAUAAUUUAAUAUUUUAUGUACCCACCCACAAAAUGCUCAUUAAAAGUGUCCUUUUUAAGUUACAAA